AUGGCAGCUUCGUGCAUUGUCGCAGCGGGUCAGGCUGUCGCGAGCCGCGCGCCGCCUGCUGUUAUUAGCGCUUCGGGGAAGCAUCCUGGAGCGUCUGCAUCCUCAGAACGACCAUCGAGCUUCGACGCGCCGCAACUCUUCGGCAAAUCCCUCUCCAGCACCGGCAAGCCUUCCGCCAACGGCGGAAUGUCCGCCAGUCGCGCGCGGAAGCUGUUUUUCCUCCGCGCCGCGCGACCACUCCUCCAGAAGACCGCUCCGCUGAGGCGGUGGCAACGCAACCGCGCCGUGUCGCAUAAGGAAUCGGAGGAGAAAAAUAAAGACGAAAUGACUGCGACUGAGGUCAUUGAUGCUAUCGUUGCUGGAUCACCCCUUUCAUUGAGGUCAGACGGAAUGGACCCUCUCCCUCUCCACGCGCAAGGCACGUCUUUCAUCGACGUAACCGACGGCGGCGCAGAGUCCGUUUCCGCGUUUCCGCAACCCCCCUCCGCGCAGCAGCAGCAGCAGCAGUCGUCCUCCCCGGCCUUGAACCCCGUCGACUGGGUGCUCCUUAAAGCGCAAGGCGUGCCUAUCCCGUCGUUCGACUUCGAUAUAAAGUGGAACUUUCCGUGGCCACGCGACGGCGACAACGGUCUCCCACCCCCCGCGUCGCUCGCGUCGCUUGCGGAGCGCCGCGACGCGCUGAAACAGGAGUUGGAGGUGCUGGAGCUGAUGCUGCGGCCGCAGUGUCCGUGGCCGCGCGACCCGCAGGCUUAUAUCGAGGAGGAAUGGGUGCUUUCACAAGAGGAGGAGCUCGAGCUCUUGGCACUGGAGGAGGAUGAGCAAGAAGGCGACGCGGAGGAGACGACGGCGUUUCUCGUGGAGGAGAGCGACGAGGAGAUUAAAGUCGUCGAGGUGCUUCCCGCCGGCCCGCAUUGCGCGUGGCCGCGACACGCGGGCCGCGUGGCUGCACCCGCCAUGGACUCCCCCGCUUCCGCCGUAACUUCCGCCGCGGUCAGCGCUGAAGCGUUCGCGCGCUGCGCGUGGCCCCGCGCCAACAAUCAGUCGACGACACUUUCCGCCGUUUCCGCCGCAUCCGUCAUUUCCGCCGUGUCCGUCGCGCCCGCCCCCGCCCCUGGCCCUCGCUGCGAGUGGCCCAGGAAGUCGACUAACUCGCUCGUCUCGGUCCCCGCGCCAUCGACUCCCGCCGCUCCUGGUGCAAGGUGCUCGUGGCCGCGCCUGGCCUCCUCCGCUUCCGCCGUUUCCGCCGUGAAGGCCGCGACCGCCGUCCCCAGUCUCGAUUCUUCCGCGCUGUCACCUUCCGCUCGUUGCGCCUGGCCGCGGGGAACCGCGCAAGUGCUGGAGCAGCGCGUGUUGGCUUCCCCUGGCCCGCACUGCGCCUGGCCGCGCAAGAGCGCGCUGUCCGCCGUGGCUUCCCCCGCGGUAGCAGCCCCCGUUCCUGCUCCUGCCGAGGCUCCUGCGGUGCUGGGUCCGCGAUGCUCGUGGCCGCGCGCAACGUCCUCCGCUUCCGCCGUCGCCCCUCCUUCCGCCAUAUCCGCGGCCGCCUCCGCCGCCCUUCCGCACCUCGACCUCGCGGUGGGUCCUCGGUGCAGCUGGCCCCGCCAAACCGCCGCCUCCGCCGUGUCCGCCGUAUCCGCAGCGGCGGCCCCCGCGCCUGCGGAAGCCGUUCCCUUGGGCCCGCGCUGCGCGUGGCCUCGCGCAGUCCCCACUGUGACCCCCCUGGUUAUCGCUCCGGAGGUGCGGGAAGAAGCGAAACCCGAACCGAAAGGGCAGCAGCAGGAGCAGGAGAAGGAGCAGGAGCUGGUAACGCGAGUGCAAGCAGCAGCAGCAGCGCGCGCAGCAGCGCCUGCUGUGGACGUGUCGGAUGCAGCUGCUGCUGCUGCCCCAGUUGCGGUGGUGGAUGUGGAGGUUGUAGCAGCACCCGCGCCCACCACCAUGGGCCCUCGCUGCCCGUGGCCGCGGAAUGCCUCCGCACCCACUCCUACCCCUGCUGCUCCUGCCAAGCCUGCUGCCGAGCCUGUGCCGAGGCGACAGCUGGGUGUUGUGGGCUCAAGCUUCACUAUCCCCAGCAGCAGCAGUGGUGGCAGCGCCAGCAGCUUGGAUCAGUACCUGAGGCAGAGGAAGCGUGAACCGGUGUGUUGA